GAGAGGAGUAAAAUGAUAUGCCUUCAAACUUGAAGGAAAGUGUUUACAAUGGGAUGGAAAAUAGGGAAAAUCGUUUUCCUUCAAAAUAAACGGAGCCUUAGUUCAAUUUGUAUCACCUUCAGGCGGACUUCAAGUGUCAAUGAUGAAAGAUCUCCUUCAUUUUGUCAUUCUAAAUUUACUUGAAUUUAGUCCUAAACUUAGAAAUUGUUACAAUUGUAUCAUGUUCCAAAAUUGAAACCUCGUGGAUAUAAGUCAUAUAACAGGAUGAUAAAAAAUGAUCUGGCCACAAUCUUAGAUAUGUAACUCUUGACCUCUUGGCCAAAAAAAAAAAAAAACUUCCAUCUUGGCCCUUGGGUAAGAAGAGGCAAAGGGUUUAGUCCACAUUAAAAUAGUGCAUUGCUAUGUUGUAGUUUAUAUUACUUCUAUUUUUUAGUUGAACCGUUUUCCUCGAGUACACAUGAUAAUGCACUAUUUUAAGUCUUUAUAUCUCUAAUUAUCAAUAAGCAACAAUUAUAAAAAGUUGAUAUUAUAAAAAUAUACAUUGAAAUGAAUCUAACAAGAUCCCACAGAAUUACAAUAUUUCUUAAGUAUAAAUAAUAAAAGAUAGUCAAAGUUAAAUAGUAAAUAGUAUCGAAAAUCAAAACGGAUUAUCUAAAAAUACGAUGGAAGUAUGAACUUUCCCAAGUCAAGUCAUCUCAUCUUUUGCCAUCUCUGAUCCCCCCCAGUCUUCACUCUAAACAUAUAAUAAAGUGAAGGCGACAACUUUUUUUCCACAAAUUCUAACUAGUUAUGUGGUUGCUAUGCAAAUAGACUCAUAAUUCCUCUCAUCUUGCGAAGCACGGUAGGAAAUUUUCAUCUUUGUCCGCACUCGGAUGCUGAGACUAGACUAUAAUAUAUCCUUAUUUUAGUCAAAACUCAAACAUUGUUUUGAUUACCUUGUACUAUACGUAACUCAGUGGUACUGAUAAUAUAUACUCAACUUCUGUUCAUCGUCCUGAAAUUAUUCAAUUAUUAUGAAAAAUAUACCAUUAUACUCUUGGCUGCUUUUACAACCCCCUCCACCACCACUUAAAAUCACUAAACCACCAAUCGCUAUCUCAAAUCCACCGACGAUUACCACCGAUGACAACAAUGUCUUUCGAUGACGUAAUUUUUUUCCAGCAAGAUAAUUUUUUUUAAUUUGUUUUAACUAAUUCCAUAGACACAAACACAAUGGACACAACGUCCAAGCUACAGCCACAGAGUAUUGCUAUAUGAUGUAACUGUCGGUACUGUUCUAUAGAAAAUCUUCUUGUUUUUACCAAUUUUCGUUUGUUGCGUGCAUCUCUAUAAAACCGUGGUUUCAGCACAUUAGUUUCAAAAACAAGUACUAUUAUCCUUCACUUUUAUAAAAGAAAGAACAGAGUCAUCUUUCUGCAAUAACAUCAGUAUAUCUAUGAUUUAUCGUCUUUAUAUAUAGAAAUCAAAGUAGAAUGUCAUGCUGCUCAUUUUACUUGGUCAUUUUUGCUACUGCGCUCUUCUACUAUCUUGAGCUCUCCUUUGCGGGGAACAAUGAGACAGAUCAGAAGGCGUUGCUCGAAAUGAAAUCAAAAAUAACCCAUGAUCCAUUGGGUGUUAUGAGCUCAUGGAAUGACAACCUCCCAUUUUGUACGUGGCAUGGCGUUACAUGUGAUCGUGUGCAUCACAGAGUAAUUGCACUUGACCUGCAAUCCUCCAACCUCACAGGUAUUAUUUCUCCAUACCUCGGAAAUUUAAGCUUUCUUAGGGAGUUGCACAUUGAAAAUAACAAUUUACAAGGCACAAUCCCGCCUGAAAUUGGUCGUUUGCACAGGUUACGUGUUAUGUGGCUAGUAAAUAAUUCCAUUGGAGGGAAAAUUCCCCGAGAUAUAUCAGGUUGUUCUAGCCUUGUUUCGUUGUAUAUCUACCGUAAUAAGUUGGUAGGAGACAUCCCAUUUGAGCUUAGUUUGUUAUCAGAUCUACGUUAUCUUCACUUAGGAUAUAACAACUUGACAGGAAACAUUCCUACAUCUUUAGGUAAUUUAUCAUCCCUUUCUAAACUCUAUUUACCCCAGAGUAACUUGGUUGGAAACAUUCCACAUAGCCUUGGUAACUUGCAUAAUCUAACCGAAUUUUCGUUAUUUGGGAAUAAUUUGGUUGGAGAAGUCCCACCCUCAAUUUUCAAUCUUUCAUUGUUGAGGAUAUUAGAUUUAGGAGACAAUGGAUUGGAAGGAAACCUUCCUUCAAGUUUAGGUAACAUGCUUUCGUACCUUCGAUUUUUCUCCAUAUAUAUAAAUCAGUUCACUGGAAAAAUUCCUACUUCACUAUCCAAUGCUUCAAAUCUAGAACUUCUCCAAUUGGGGGAGAACCAUCUUCAGGGACAAGUUCCUUCUCUGCAUAACUUACAAAGGCUUACGCGCCUACACCUUGGGAGUAACUCCCUCGGGAAUGGCCAAGCUACAGAUUUGAACUUUGUUUCUACUUUAGCCAAUGCCACCAAGUUACAAUGGUUGAUUAUAAAUAAGAACAAUUUUGGAGGAAACUUUCCAAAGAUCAUCUGUAAUUUCUCCAUGCUUAUAGCAAUAGGUCUUAAUAACAAUAACAUAGUUGGAGAUAUUCCAAUAUGCAUAGAAAGACUAGUUCGAUUGCAGUUUUUCGAGGCUAAUGACAAUGCACUCUCUGGGUUCAUUCCACAAAGUAUAGGGAAACUCCAACUCCUAAGUGAUUUAUUCUUGAGUGGUAAUAAGUUAUCAGGGAACAUACCACUCUCAAUUGGAAAUUUAACCAAGUUAACUCUUCUUUCCUUAUCUAACAAUAAUCUUGAAGGCCAAAUUCCCUCAACUAUUGGAAAUUGUAAAAUGUUAUUAGGAGUGGAUCUUUCUAAGAAUAAUCUUAGCAGUAGCAUACCCUUAGAACUUCUUAGUCUAUCCUCCUUGUCUAUAUCACUCGAUUUAUCUGACAACCACUUAUCUGGACUCUUGCCACAAGAAGUUGGGCUACUGAAUAAUCUUGCAGGACUUGACCUUACUAGGAACAUGUUUUCGGGUGAAAUACCUCACACAAUUGGACAAUGCAUAGCAUUAGAGGAGCUAUACUUGGGAAGAAACUAUUUCCAAGGCGCGAUUCCUGAUGCAUUGCAGAUGUUAAAGGGUCUUCAAGUAUUGGACUUGUCACAGAAUAAUCUGUCAGGUGAAAUUCCAAAAUUCUUAGGGAGCUUGCCAUUACACCUGCUGAAUCUUUCUUACAAUAGCCUAAAGGGAGAGGUACCCACUGGAGGAGUCUUAAGUAAUGUUACCGGUGUUUCACUAGUCGGAAACAGUAUGCUCUGUGGGGACAUACCGAAGCUGAAGUUGCCUAGAUGUGAUCUUAACCAGAACCAGAAAAGAAAACCAGUCAGCAAAAGGAUGUUAAUACUUGCAGUUCUUUUCGGAGUUUUUGGAGUUGUUUUACUGGUGGCAUUAUUUGUAUCAAUAUACAAGUUCUGGUACCAAAAGAGGAGCACAAAACCCACAGCUACUUCAGAUCAUGAUUCUGAAAAGUUUCCCAAUUUGUCGUACCAAACUCUUUUAAAUGCCACCAAUGGAUUCUCCUCCGAAAAUAUGAUUGGGCGCGGCACCUUUGGGGUUGUAUACAAGGGAGCCUUACAUGAACAAGAGGAGACAACAACCGUUGCCAUCAAGACAUUCAAUCUUGAGCAUCAUGGUGCUUCGAAAAGUUUCAUGGCUGAAUGUGAUGUCCUUCGGAAUAUCAGACAUCGGAAUUUAGUCAAGGUGAUAACUGCUUGCUCAAGUAUAGAUUAUCAAGGGAACAAUUUCAAGGCUUUAGUUUACGAGUACAUGGUGAAUGGAAGUUUAGAAGAUUGGCUUCAUCCAGAGGCAAUAGACAUGAUUAUUGAGGACACAAGUAAUGCACCAAGAAGCUUAAAUCUUCGACAGAGACUUGAUAUAGCAGUUGAUGUUGCUAGUGCAUUGGAAUAUCUUCAUCAUCAAUGUGGUGCCUCCAUAGUUCAUUGCGAUCUCAAGCCAAGCAAUGUCCUCCUAGACGAAGAUAUGAUUGCACAUGUCAGUGACUUUGGGCUGGCUAAAUUCCUGUCAAAGAGCAUCAUCACUAACACUCACUCUAAUCAGUCUAGUUCUCUUGGAGUCAGGGGAACUAUUGGUUAUGCUCCUCCAGAAUAUGGUUUGGGAAAUGAGGUCUCUACCUACGGUGACGUCUAUAGUUUUGGGAUCCUUGUACUAGAAAUGUUCUUAGGAAAGAGGCCUACAAAUGAUAUGUUCAAUGGAGGUAUGAGCCUCCAUCACUUUGUGAAAGAAGUUCUUUACAAAGAACAAGUUACCGAGAUUUUAGAUCAUACUCUCCUUAAUGAUCUAGCUAGAGAGGAGAACAAUCAAGACGUCGAAUUCGAGGGCUUGAUUUCUAUUCUUCAAGUUGCAAUUACUUGCUCUUCAGAGAACCCAAGUGAAAGGUUGGACAUGAGUGAUGUGGUUACUAAGCUAUCUUCAAUUAGAAACAAGAUCUUUGGAGCUCGUUUACAACAAAGAAGGACAAUUAUCCAAGCAGAUCCAUGAAGGUAAUUGAUGUCUUACCAUGCUGAGCUGCCUACAAGAAAACUUGUGGUGCAUUUGUACACUUAUUAGAUGGAUUUCAAAAGGUGUUUAGGCAAAUAAUAAGUAUUUGUAAGAAAGUGUAUAUGCAUUGUAACUUGUAAGGCUAGUGGCUUUCAUAUAUGUUUGAUGCUUGUAGUGAUGUAGUCUCCUAGCAAAGUUGGCCAUGAAAUAGGCUAGAGUUUGCUAUGAUUUUAUCAUUAUUUGGUGUUUGUAUUGAGGUGUUCCUUUUUCAUCUAUGGUCCAUCGUACAUUAUUCUUCUAUUCUUAAAUGAUUGUCUUGUUUGACUUU